AGUCGGUGCGGAACCUCUCAGAGACGGGCGGGCCGGCGCCGGGAAGCCGUACACGGGGACGGCGGCCGGUGACGCGUCCGAUCCCAUUACGGGCAGCCGUAGCGCGGCGGCCCGAGCGGCGGCCGGCCCAGAUCGACCGCCGAGCAGCGGGCGCCAGCAGCCGACAUGAGCUCCAAGGACCCCGAGCUGGACAAGCUCAAGAAGGAGCUGGACACCAUCAUCGAGUCCAUCAAGGCGGCUCAGAAGAAGGGCGCCGACGCUGACCUCGUGGGCACGUGUGCUGACGUGGCCGACGCACCGCGGAUUCACUCCUCGUGCCGGCGCGUCCUCAAAGGACACAUCAACAAAGUGAACGGCGUCCACUACAGCGGCGACAGCAGACAUGCAGUCAGCGGUUCACUGGAUGGAAAGCUCAUCAUCUGGGACACAUGGACCGGCAACAAGACGCAGAUCAUCCCGCUCAGGUCGGCCUGGGUGAUGGCCACCGCCUUCGCGCCGUCCGGGAACUUCAUAGCCAGCGGCGGCAUGGACAACCAGGUGACGAUUCACGACCUCAACAACCGUGACAGCAACGGCCAGGCCAAGGUGAUCCGCGAGAUCAGCGCCUUCGAGGGCUUCCUCAGCUGCGCGCGCUUCCUCAGCGACAGCCAGAUCGUCACCGGAUCGGCGGACAUGAAAAUUGUGCUGUGGGACGUGCAGGUCGGUAAGAACCUGGGCGAGUUCAACGGCCACGAGGGUGACGUGGUGACGCUCUCCAUCAACGCCGACGCUACGCUGUUCGUGACGGGCAGCGUGGACCGCACGGCCAAACUGUGGGACGUGCGCACCCCCGGCUGGUCAGCGCAGCAGACCUUCUGGGGCCACGAGAGCGACGUCAACUCGGUCUGCUUCCACCCAUCUGGUCACGCGUUCGCCACGUGCUCCGAGGACAAGACGACGCGCCUGUUUGACCUGCGCGCCGACCAGCAGCUGGCCCAGUACGCGCCGCCCACGCCCAACUCGGCGUUCACGUGCUGCGGCCUGUCGCGCUCCGGUCGGCUGGCGCUGGCCGGAUCUGACGACAACACCGUGCACAUCUGGGACACGCUCAAGGCACAGCACCUCGGUAACCUGGCCGGCCACGAGGGACGCAUCACAUCCCUGAGCGUGGCGGAAAGCGGCGUGGGCUUCUGUACCACCUCCUGGGACACGACAGUGCGAGUCUGGUACUGAACAGUCUCCUACAGCGGAGUGACGCUCCAUCCAGAGGAGCGACGGACGCCCUCGGCCCAUAUGGAGCUGAGCGUGCCCAUCACGCUGCUUCACAGGCGUUCUGGACAACACACGGAGCCAGACGACUAUUUACACACCAAUCUGGUUAACACAUGCUACCGGCAUAUGUUAGCAGCUAAGGAAGCCAGAGGCAGAGUUACGUCUGCUGAGCGUGUGUAAACGGGACGGUGUGGUUCUGGGGAGGCCAGCAGCCAGCUGUCAGUCCCCAGGUUUCCACAGAGACUAGGUUCAGAUGUUCAUAUGGAUGGCAAUUUGUGACAGGAUCGGAAGACAUUGGUUGUUGAGUUCGGCGUCAUUCAGCCAUUUUAAUAUGCGGAACGGAUAGGCGGACGGCUGCCUACAUAACCUGCUGGGCGGUGAAGGUGCACGCCCCCCUAUAUACGCUGUUGAUCACCAUGUCGACAGGUGCCUCGUUCCAGUAAUACAAAGAACCAAAGAUACA